CCAGCAUAUUCAGCCACUCUUUUUGAAGGCAGCCAAGGACCACUAAGAAUUGGGAUAUUUCCAAAAAUGUACCUUUCGCUUAGCUUGCAUCUUUGUCCAUUUUGAAAAUGGGACCUUUCAUUUUCUCUUGCCUUGUCUAAUCAUAAUUCUUUUUUUCCACAAACCAUUGGACCCCUUGAACACGCUAUUUGUUCUCAAUUUUAUGUCUGCUUCAGAGUUUAUACAUCUUUCUCCCAUUUCCAAGUUGUAUACCAAUAUAUCUUUUUUCAGCUCUGAGUAUACUAAGAAUCAAUACUCUUUAAACUGGUUGAUGCCUUUGUGUUGUUUGCAGUUCAAAAGCUGGGGGACUUCCUCAUACAGGAAGCUUCCCUACGCAAAAGUCUGAGACAGGAUGUGAAGUGGCUGAGAAAUGAGCUGCUCUUCAUGCAGUCUUUCUUCAAAGCUGCAAAGAGAAAGCAAGUUGAAGAUCAUACAGUUCAACAAUAGGUGUUUGAAAUUAACGAGGUUGCUAAUGACGUUGUCGCUAUACUGUAGACUUACAGCUUAGAGACUGGUGAAGGUGAUGGUGAUGGACUUGCUAGUCGUCUGAAGGCUUGUGCUUGCAUCUGCAGGAAGGAGACCAAAUUCUACAAUGUAAGCAAGGAGAUCCAAUCACUCAAGCAGCGAAUCAUGGAUAUCUCUCGCAAACGAGAGACUUAUGGUAUUAGAGAUAUCGAUAAUGUAGGAGAAGGACCAAAUAAUUAUAGGCCAUACAAUCAGAGAUCUGGCUCGAGGAGAACUACCUCUUAUAUGGAUAAGCAAGAUCAAACUUUUGUUGGCUUUAAGGAUGUUGUAGAAACAUUGCUUGCUGAACUUGUCAAAGAAAAGCCACGCCGAACCGUCUUCUCCAUUUAUGGUAUGGGUGGGUUAGGCAAGACCACUCUUUCAAAAAAUCUCUACCACUCCCCUAGUCUAACCGAUAUCUUCGAUGUACGUGCUUGGGUAUGUGUUUCUCAACAGUAUAACACCAUGGAUCUCAUCAAGAAUAUCAUCAAAUCCAUCCAAGGACGUGCCAAGGAAACUCUAGAUUUGUUGGAUAAGAUGACGGACGUGACAGAUCUAGAAAGACACCUUCGGAAUCUACUAGAAGAGAAAAAAUACCUUGUGGUGGUUGAUGACAUAUGGCAGAGAGAAGCAUGGGGAAGCCUGGAAAGAGCAUUUCCCGAUAGCAAAAAUGGAAGCAGAGUUAUUAUUACCACACGCAAUGAGGAUGUGGCCAAAAGAGCAGAUGACAAUUGUUUUCCCCGUAGCCUUCGUUUCCUAACAGAAGAAGAAAGUUGGGACCUCUUUCGCAGGAAACUACUCGAAGUUGAGGCAAUGAUCCCAGCAAUGGAAAUGCUAGCUAGGGAUAUGGUGGGAAAAUGUGGAGGAUUACCUCUUGCAAUUGCGGCACUAAGCGGGCUUCUUUCACAUAAAAAGGGGAUAGAAGAAUGGGAAAGGGUGAAGGAACACCUUUGGAACCAUGUGAAAGAUGAUUUCAUUGCAAUCUUGGACAUACUAUCACUGAGCUACAAGGAAUUGCCAACUGUGCUUAAACACUGUUUUCUUUACUUUGGUAUUUUUCCAGAAGAUAGUCAGAUUGAUGCUGAAAACAUAAUGUGGUUGUGGAUGGCUGACGGAUUGAUACCAAGAGGAGAAGAAAGAAUGGAGGAUGUAGCUCAAGACUUCCUGAAUGAGCUGAUAAGGCGAAGCUUGGUUCAAGUAGUAGAUACAUUUUGGGAAAAAGUUUCUAAAUGCAGGAUUCAUGAUCUACUUCGCGAUCUUACUGUAAAAAAGGCAUUAGAGGUAAACUUCUUUGACAUUUAUGAUCCAAGAAAUCACUUCAUAUCCUCCUUAUGUCUCAGACAUGCCGUUCAUGGUCAAGCACAAAGGUACCUCUCACUUUAUCUUUCUAACUUGAAGUUGAGGUCAAUUAUGUUCUUCGAUUCAGAUCUUUAUAAGAUGGGUCUUAUAAAGUUCUGUAAUAAGUUCCAACAUAUAUAUGUGUUGUACUUGAAUAAUCGUUCUAGCACUACAUCUAUAGUACCUGAUGCCAUAGGAAGGUUGUACCACCUCAAAUUCUUAAGAUUGACAUGUAUCCAUGAUCUUCCCUCCUCCAUUGGCAACCUCAAGAAUUUACAGACACUUUUUGUCAAUGAAAACGGAAACUCAUGCCAACUACCCCCCGAGACAACUGACCUAAUAAAUCUAAGACAUUUAGUUGCUCCAUAUCUAAAACCUCUAAAACGUAUAAACAAACUCACAAGUCUUCAAGUUCUUAAAGAAAUUUCUUGUGAUCAGUGGAAGGAUAUUGACCCUAUUGAUUUAGUCAAUCUUCGAGAAUUAAGCAUGGUUAAUAUUGAGGAAGCUUACUCUCUAAACAACACUGGCAGCUUGAAAAAACUUAGCACUCUCAUUUUGGUGUGUAAAGCUGAUCAAUCAUCCCCGGCCCUUGAAUAUUUUAGUUCUUGUCAAAAGCUCCAGAAAUUGUGGUUAUUUGGGAGAAUAGAAAAAAUGCCUCUGUCAGGCCCGUUUCCAAAUUCCAUCACAAUGAUGAUCCUUCAGUGUUCAAGACUCAUGGAAGAUCCAAUGCCUAUUCUGGGAAUGUUGCCAAACCUAAGGGAUCUCGAUUUAGUAGCAGCUUAUGAAGGAAAAGAAAUUACCUGCAAUGAUAACAGCUUCGGUCAACUGGAGUUCCUUCGUCUUGUAUUACUUGAGAGGCUAGAAAGAUGGCAUUUAGCCACAAUUGCCAUGCCACUGAUUAAAGGUCUUGGUAUUUAUUACUGUCCAGAGCUAACGGAGAUUCCCGAGAGAAUGAAAGACGUGGAGAGGUUGAAGAGCAUUGGAUGAAGCUUUUCAAGCAUAUAUGAUAUCCUAUUUCGACCUCUUUCACAAUCGCAAAGCAAAAUGAAGGUGAUUUCGUGAAAUGGGUAGCGACUAUGUAGUUUUUUGGUGUUGAGCAAUGGCUGAGCUUUGGUGAUUAGAGGAGGUCUGAUGGUGUUUGGGAGAAAUGGGGGUGGUUCGAUGAGCGGAAUAGAAAUGCUAGGGACGGAGUAGAGUGUGAGAUACGAAAAUGGAGAAAGAAUUUCGAAUCCACCAUUGUUGAACGUUAAAAAAGCUUUAGAACAAAAAAAAUGGGUUUGUCGAAAUUCUUAGUUGUUAGCCAAAUUGAUUACAUGGGUUUGGUGAUAAUGUUGUUGUGAAGUUCUAGUUGAAAUUUGAGCUUAGUUGAUUCGGAUUUGACUGAGUUUUUAUUGAAUUUUAAUACCCAAAAAUGAAGAAGAAGGAGAAUAAAAUGAAUUAAACUAGCUCUAUUUCAAAAACAAUUGACUGAUUUCUUGGAGAAUAAAAUUUGACUUGAGUUUUUCGAGUAGAACAGAGCUUCCAUGGAGUUUUUAAAUUUCUAAAAAAUUAAAAUAUAAUAAAAUUUGACUCUAUUUCACAAAAAUAAAGAAAGAAAAUUAAUUAAAAAGAUAUCAGCUUAAAUUUUAAUGUUAAUUAAUUAUGUUCACUAAUUGAUUGUAACAUGUCCAAUUAAAAAAGCACACAUGUCCAUAUUAACUAGAAAUGUAGCUUAUAUUUUGCCGCUCACAUGCCUCCAAGAGAGUGAGCACACUCUCUGUGCCACCUCAGCACCGAAGGGUGUAUUUAUUACACUUUAAAAUAGUUUAGGGGGUAUUAGGACCCCUGUAAAGGUAAAGUGUGUCGCUGGAACUUCGGGUGUAGUUCAGGGGGAUACUUGUGCCUUUUCCCUAUACUUUGCUAAAAAAAUGUUUAUCGGUGUUUAGUCGGUGAAUGAAAAAUGUUCUUGGAAACAUACGAAUCACAAAUUAAUAAUAUUAUUAGCACAUCGGAGAGUUUCUUGAUGAUGUUUUUUAAUAGUAAGGGUAAGUUUAAAUGUUUAAGUGUUAGUUGGAGCAACUAAUAUGAAGUUAAGUGAGCUUCCCCAUUUUUAUGCGAACUGUUCUGGUAAGCUAAUACUAGUAAAUGACUUCCUCAUGAAAAUAUUUUCCUCAAAAAUGAUUUUCUUCAUGCCAAAAACACAGUUUCAUUGGCAAUCUUUUGUCUUAUAUUGAAUACUAUUUAUUAUAUUAAAUAAUGUCUUACAAUUUGGGUGAAACGGGAGAAGAAACUGUCAGUGGAAAAUAAAAUGGCAGUUGGGGGUAUUUUUGCCAAGCAAACUGAAGACAUUAAUAUUGAUGGAGUAUAUAAGCAUUAAUCAGGUUUCUGCCAGUUCAGUGUUUUGUUUCGCAUGGUUUUUUAGUGUUUAAUUUUUUGUUUUUGCUUUGAUUGUGUGGGAUUGGUUUGAAGAAAAUUGUUUUUGGGAGUGUAUGCAAAAAUGAUUUUGUGA